AGAUCAAGUGUUCACAUCUCUAUUUAAUUCAUCAUCUAAUUAGUUUAAAACAAUUAUGGGUCUUAUCAUUGCACCCACAAACAAGGCGGAAUUCUCUCAGUGUAAACUAAGCAUGUAAAGAGGACUGAAGGAUGUAUGCAAGUAUUUGGAUGUAAAUUUCCUUCUGUUUUCCAUGAAAACUUCUAGGAACUAAUAUUUUGUUUUACAUAUAUCUUACGCUAUUGAGGAUGUGUAACUGCUUGCGACAGUGUGUUUUGGUGACGGUUUUGUUAACUUUCUCGGCCGUUGUAGCCCCCCAGGAUGAUGUGCCCCCCGGGGCUGCUACUCUGGCCUUUGUGUUCGACAUAACCGGGUCUAUGUAUGACGACUUGGUUCAGGUCAUCGAUGGGGCAGCUAAAAUAAUGGCUACAACGCUCGCCCGUAGAGAAAAACCUCUAUAUAAUUAUGUACUCGUACCAUUCCAUGAUCCAGAUGUUGGUCCUAUUGUGAUAACGAAGGACCCUGAUGAAUUCCAGAGUGAGCUGCGUAACCUGUACGUCCAGGGGGGCGGGGAUUGUCCGGAGAUGAGUGUGAGGGCGAUCAAAGAGGCGCUGGACGUGUCCCUCCCUAACUCCUACAUCUAUGUGUUCACGGACGCCUUAUCUAAGGAUUUCUACCUUGGAGAGGAGGUCCUAGCCCUCAUACAGCAAAAGCAGAGCCAGGUUGUGUUCGUACUGACGGGGGAUUGUGGGAAUCCGCUCAGUCCCGGAUAUAAAGUCUACGAGAGAAUUGCUUCCACCAGUUCCGGUCAAGUUUUUCUGCUCAAAAAAGACCAAGUCAAUCAGGUGUUAGAGGUUGUACGCCUAACUGUUAAGGCCAGGAAGGUGAAUCUAAUGUCCGUGGACCAGGAGAGAGCUAACUCCCAGUUUAUACAGAUUCCUAUCGACUCCAGGCUCCAGGAGUUCACCGUAUCUCUUAGUGGCUCAAACCCAAAACUCCGACUCUACAACCCUAAAGGUGAAGAGGUGACUGUCCAGAAUGGUCUGUAUGAACUACUGGACAUUAAGAAUGUUAAGGUGGUCAAUGUCCGAAGUCCUGACCCCGGGAUGUGGCGACUCCGUGUCGACAGUGGCAGUGCGCAUACUUUGAGAGUGACGGGACUGAGCAAAAUCGACUUCGCCGCGGGAUUUGCCAAAGAAAAACCACGCAAUAUAGCAACUACAGAGUUACGGCCCUUGGAAGGUGUCCCGAGUUAUGUGCUAGUCAACACCACUGAUCUCGAUGCCCCCGGUCACUUACAGAAGCUGCAGCUGGUCAGUCUGAAUGGCAUCGUUCUGUCCGAGUAUCCUCUCCAAGUGGACACAGGCCUCAAAAAUAUAUACGGGACAGAGGCUUUUAAACCUCCAUCUAAUUACUUCUAUGUCAAGGUUGUAGGAGAAGAUGACCGAGGUCAUGUAUUAUGGAGGACGACGCCCACCGCUAUUAGUCCCCGGACCCCUGACCCACCCAUUGUGUACAUGCCGGAGAUAACACGGAGUUUCUACCACUCAACGGCUACCAUAGUAUGUACGGUGGAGUCAGUCAUUCCAUUCACUGUCCAGUGGUACAAGAAUGGAAGGAAGGAAGGAUCAGAGGUUCUUUUCCAAGAGUCGAGUGAUGCUACUUAUCAGAUUUCUACAGCUAGUGCCCGUGAUGAAGGCAUCUAUACAUGUAAUGCCACAAGUCGCUCCGGAAGUACGGCUAGGACCACUCUACUGGAUAUCAGUGAGCCCCCGCCAGAUAUUGCCCCCACUGUUAAUGUGUCAGUGUUACCUGGAGACAGUGCUUCGCUGGUCUGUACCGUAUUUAGCACAGUCCCGUACAAUGUCACAUGGUACGGGCCUCGGGGACUCGUCCGUAAUAAUCAGCAGUACAUUAUCUUUAAUAAUGGAUCAUUAAUCAUAAGGUCUGUUGAUUUGAAAGAUGAAGGACAAUAUGUCUGCAGAAUUGGAAACGAAGGGGGUUAUGCUCAAGAAAAAGUGUUCCUGAGAGUUCAAGUGCCACCGAACGUUUACAUCAAACCUUCCCAGCAGACCUUUGAGGUUCGUGACAGUUUGACAUUGAAUUGUUACGCUGACGGAUAUCCUCUGCCGUCUUAUUAUUGGCUGAGGGACGGAGCGCUGGUCAUCCCUAACAACAGAAUUUCUAUAAAUAACAACCAGCUGACCUUCACCAACAUGGUACGGAGUGACGGCGGGGACUACACCUGUCUGGCAGAGAACCUGGCGGGGGAUGACACAGCUAAAGCAACACUGCAGUACAUAGAAAGACCUCAGAUUGAUAUGUAUGAGAAGAAAGUGUUGGUUGGAAGUGGAGACACGGCCACGCUCCAGUGUUCUGCCAAAGGUAUCCCCCCGCCUGAUAUCCACUGGUUUAAAGGGGAACUGGAGUUGAAUCAGUUGUCCUAUGUAAAGAUAGCAGCUAACGGGGACCUGUCGAUUCUGGGGGCCCAGGAGCAGGAUGAGGGGGACUACAUGUGUAUCGCCACCAACACUGCAGGAAGUGACUCGGUCAUUGUCAACCUAGAGGUCGGAGCUGAUCCUAGGAUCACUAAGGCCCCGUUUAACAUGGGAGCUGACAUCUCCACUAACACAUCUCUUCCCUGUGAGGCGACAGGUGACCCCUCCCCCAGGAUCUACUGGCUCUUCAAGGGAAACCCCGUCAAAACAGGAGGACGCCUCAGGCAGGACAAGACUGGCUAUCUCUUCAUUGACAAUCUGAAGUACACAGAUGAAGGGAGGUACACUUGUGUUGCACAGAAUCAGUUUGGUAUGCAGGAGAUCUCAGCGUACCUCAGUAUCACUGGCAUCGUGAGCCCUGUGAUUGCCUACACUAACCCAUACCUUGACGUGGUGGAAGGGUCAGAGGUGGACCUCAGUUGUGUGGUCAUCCAGGGGAACCCCUCUCCCACCGUCCACUGGCAGAAAGGCUCCAAGGUGUUGGAGAGCAAUGAUCGUUUCAAUGUGACAAGACCAGGGGAAAUAACCAUUAAAAACAUUCAGAAGUCAGAUGAAGGAGACUUUAUUUGUGUCGCCACAAAUGUUGGAGGAAAUUCAACCUACUUUGUUACUGUUAAUGUCCAAGUGCCUCCACGUCACACUUUUCACAAUGAGGACGACAGUCAAGGUAACUUUACGGUCGUAGAGGGAGGGGGGAUAAUCCUGCCCUGCAGUGUUGAGGGUGAUCCCCGCCCAACCAUUGCCUGGUAUAAGGACGGGAGUCCGAUCUCGCUGACAGACUACCACUACUUUAUCAGGGAGGACGGAAGUCUGGAGAUCUUCAGUGCUGAUCCUCAGGACAGCGCCACCUACAGGUGUACUGCCUCUAAUGUGGCGGGAGAUGUCGAUAAAACCGUGCAGCUUUUCGUCCAAGUGCCCCCGGAGAUUGAGGGGGCAGAGACAGAGGAGUACACCAUCACCACAGGGGAGACAAUCGUGCUGCCAUGUGUCGUGAAAGGAAAACCCACCCCCGCGGUCUCAUGGAGGAAGAACUUUGUCCGAUUCUCGCCGGAGUCCUCGGAGCGUUUCCUGUCCAGUAGCCUCGGUUUGACGAUCUUUACUGCGGAGGUCUCAGACCGGGCAAUCUACGAGUGUGUUGCCAGUAAUGUGGCAGGGGAGACAACCAAGAUUAUCACACUUAUUGUCCAGAUCCCACCUACAAUCAGCUCUGAGGGGGAGAGGGAUUUAAUAGUCCUACAGGGGGAGCCAGCAUUCCUGAACUGUGACACACAGGGGGACCCAGAACCUCAGGUGACAUGGAAGAAGAAAGGGGUCAUUAUUGACCCCAGCAGUGACCCUGACAUAACCUUGACCCCCUUUGGAUCUCUGCAGUUUAGCUCUGUGAAGAUUCUGGAUGAUGGGAGAUAUGACUGUAUUGCCUCUAAUCCUGCAGGUUCCGCAACGAAGAAUUUCACUCUUAUAGUACACGAUCCCCCAUCUCUCCCUCCCUUUGUAUCCAACUUCACCCAAGUGAUUGAGAACAAUGCGGUGACCAUUCCUUGUCCCGCGGUGGGGACCCCGCGCCCCGUCAUCAGGUGGUAUAAAGAGGACGUUCUACUGACUGGUGAUGAGAGUGGAGUUACCUUCCUUGACGACGGAGCCCUAGAGCUGGACAAUGUGGGAGCUGAGGACACCGCGGUUUAUAAAUGUGUGGCUUCUAAUCCAGCAGGGGAGAUAGAUCACUCAGUAGCGCUCCAUGUACUUAUUCCACCCAGACUGAUAGAUGGGGCAAUCAAUUUAUCUCUGGGAAGUCCUCUGAAGACCACGGCAGUAGUUAACAGCACGGUGUCCUUCCAUUGUCCCCUCCACGGGGAUCCGAAGCCUGUCAUCACGUGGCAGAAAAACGGGGAGGAUCUAACAGCGGACGGGGUGAGGGUGUUUAUCUCAAACGAGGGACGGAAUCUGACUAUCGUGAAUGUAGAGGUGUCAGAUCAAGCUCGGUACAGAUGUACUGCCAUGAAUGAAGCUGGGGAAACAGACCUUUCAUUUCCUCUAGAUAUUUUAGUUCCCCCUAUCAUUGACUACAAUGCCCUCAGCCCCAGUAACCUCUCAGUGGUGCUGGGUAACUCCUUAUUCAUCCUCUGUCCAUUGUCCGGAAUCCCACCUCCUACGAUCACGUGGUACAAGAAUGAUGAGGUCAUCUCCCCUGAGUUGGACCGAAACCUUCGGUUGUUUGCAGCCGGGCAGCGCCUGGAAUUAACCAGUGCGCGAGUGAGGGACACAGGGCUGUACAGGUGUGAGGGGGUCAAUGUGGCCGGCAAGACUCAAAACGAAUAUGAAGUACAGGUGUAUGUGCCCCCCUCCGUUCAGAGGGAGGGGGAGAUAGACCACCCUGAGGUUGUAGCGGGUCGGUCCAUUCAGUUGACCUGUCCCGCUUCUGGGAUCCCCCAGCCAGACAUUUCCUGGUUCAGGGCCAACCAGGCCAUCAGGGGGAACUCCACAAACUACGUCCUACUGGACGAUGGCUGGACACUGUCCAUACUGAAUGCAUCAGAAGAAGACUCGACAAGGUUUACAUGUCGGGCUAUAAAUGUGGCAGGGAGCAACGAGAAAGCUUUUGAUCUUCAGGUGCUAGUUCCUGCCUAUAUACAGCGUGACAAGAUAGAAACAGAGCCUAAGGUGAUCCUCAACAGAACACUGGUCCUGAACUGUCCAGUGAGGGGGGUCCCUACCCCAGACAUUACCUGGUACAAGGAGGGGAUCCUCCUAGACUUCUCUAACAGCCCCAGGGUGGAGGUUCUGUCCUCGGGGAGACAGCUCCGGGUCCCCAAUGUACAGCUCACUGACGGUGGAACGUAUACGUGUGAGGCCACAAACAAAGCAGGAGCAGACAAACAGGACUAUCAAGUACAAAUACAAGUUCCAAGCAAGAUAAAUGAAUUCAGGACAAACGUGAAGCCGCGAGUAAUUGUCAAUAAUCCCCUGACUAUCACGUGUCCAGCGUCCGGCGUCCCUCCCCCGGUCAUUACCUGGUACAAGGAUGGAGAGAAGAUCAACAUCACAGCCAACGAGAACAUCCAGGUGGACAAGGACGGACAGGAACUGACCAUCAAGGUCACCGGGGUCAAGGACACAGGGUCAUACAGCUGUGAGGCCUGGAACGAAGCAGGCGUGGCUAAACUGGACUUUGGUGUCUUUGUUGAAGUUCCUCCAUCCAUAUCUGCUACUGAACCAUACCCUAAAGUAAGGGAGGGGGAGGAGAUCACCAUACGAUGCCCCGCCACUGGGACCCCAGAGCCCGAGAUAACGUGGCUGAAGGGUCGUCAACCAAUCGACUUCUCCCUGACUUCUGGUCUAAGGGAGGAGAACGGGGGGAGAGAGCUUCAUGUACACAAUGCUAUAGUAGACUACGGGGGAAUGUACACCUGUGUCGCCUCAAACUCAGCGGGGGAUGACUCGGUUGACAUGGAGCUCGAGGUCUUGGUUCCUCCAGUAAUUGACAAAGGAAUCGAGAAAUAUACAGGGGUCACAAAAGGUCGUACCACCGUCCUUAACUGUCCCGCCCAUGGACUUCCUCCCCCCAACAUCACAUGGUAUAAGGACGAUGCCCCCCUGGUCCUGGACAAACGUAUGGAGUUAUUGACGGGAGGUCUACAGCUGAAAAUCACCAACACCACGACUAACGACACAGGGACGUUCAAAUGUACCGCCGUGAAUCCUGCUGGGGAGGAUAGCCUAGAGAUGAGACUGGAGGUCAUGGUUCCCCCAUCUAUUGACGAGUCCAAUGUAGUGUACACACCCAAGGUGAUCCGGAACAGAACCGUGAUCAUAGAAUGUCCAGUGUCUGGGGUCCCAGAGCCGACCGUGACCUGGAAAAUCAACGACGGUCCGCUGAUUCCCAAAGACAGGAUCCACUUACUGAACAAUAACAGACAACUGACCAUUGACCAGGCUCAGGUAGCUGACUCUGCUACAUACAUGUGUAUAGCUGAAAACAAGGCGGGGGAACUACGCAAGAAAUUCCAGCUUGAAGUUCUAGUCCCCGCCCACAUUCUGACUGAGGUUGCCUCGGAUACAGAGUUAGUGACCAUUCAGAACCAGACCAUCAACAUUAACUGUCCAGCGAUGGGGAUCCCCCCGCCUUCCAUCAUCUGGACCAAGAACCGGGUCCCCCUACUGGACGCCUCCUACAGGAACCUGCGGGUCAAGGGCAACGACCAGGUUCUGGAGAUCUCUAACGCCCAGACCAGUGACGCUGGGAAGUACACAUGUACCGUGACUAACGUAGCGGGUCAGGAAAAAAGAGUGUUUAAUCUGCAGGUUCAUGUGCCUCCAUUUAUAGCCAGAUCUCAGGGGGAGGAGCUACAUGUAGCGGUGGAGGGCGGGACAGUCACUAUGAACUGUGAAGUGGGCGGGACUCCCGAACCUAUGGUCACAUGGCUUAAAGACGGACAGAUACUUAAUAUGGAGGACAACACACAUAUCCGAAUCCUCUCCGGGGGACAGAUUUUCCAGAUUUUAUCCGUCAGAACGACGGAUGCAGCCAAGUACACUUGUCAGGCAGAGAAUCAGGCCGGACUGACGGAGAAAUACUAUAAAGUAGAAGUUCAAGUGGCCCCCAGAAUCAAUGGUUCUCAGUUCCAGCAGAGGUCAGUGGUUGUAAACCAGCAGCUGGUCCUGUUGUGUGAGGCUGAGGGGAUUCCCCCUCCCAAGGUCACCUGGAUGAGACAUCAUCAGAUCAUCCCUCCUUACGGGAACCCUAGUGUCAGGAUCAGGGACCAGGGAAGACAACUCCUGCUGACUAACGCCCAGCUUCUGGAUGAGGGGGAGUACACUUGUCUGAUUACUAACCCAGCGGGGAAUGCUUCAGUGGAUUUCUCUGUGUCUGUACAAGUUCCUCCAUCCAUUGAGGAGGGACCCACACGAGUUGUGGGGAUUGUCAACACCAGAGUGGACCUCUCCUGUACCAGUAUAGGACUCCCCGUACCUCAGGUCAAGUGGCAGAAAAACGAGGAGGCGUUUCCCACGACGGGACUGAGACACAGAAUGUUAGUGGGCGGAUCACUAGAGUUCACCUCCGUGAGACUAGAGGAUGCUGGGAAGUAUGUCUGUACCGCCUCCAAUGAGGCCGGAAGUGACAGCAGGGCUAUCACACUUGAUGUUCAAGUCCCCCCUAAGAUAGUGGGAGACACCCAGCGGAGUAUGCAGGCUGUUCUUGGAGAUGACGUUUACCUCCCCUGUAAUAUGGAGGGAAGUCCUGAACCCACUAUCAUGUGGCAGAAAGGAACAUCAAUACUGACGGGGGGUCCAGAUCACUACAUAAUGUCGAACGGGACACUUUUAUUGCGGAGAACGGAUGAGAGGGACACAGGGAUGUACAUCUGUAUAGGACGGAACAAUGCAGGGACAGCCAUGUCACAAAUCUACCUCAGGAUGUUCAUUCCUCCUAAGAUCACAGAUGUAACACAGACCCAGUAUUCUGUACAGCAGGGUCGUAACAUCGUGUUACCGUGCCGGGCUGACGGACGACCGAGACCCCAGAUCUCGUGGGAGAAGGACGGAGAAAAACUCUCUGGAAGCUACCACUACAGAUUACUACGAUCUGGAUGGCUGCUGAUCCCUUACUCUAGACCAGAGGACACAGGCACCUACAGAUGUAUAGCCACAAACAAAGCAGGGACCGAUGAUGUCAGCAUCACUCUGACUGUGCAUGUACCCCCGAGGAUUGAGGAGGGACAUCGCCUUCUGACGGCCAAGGUGGGAUCAACAACCAGAAUACUGUGUAACACGACCGGUGAACCGCGACCAAGCAUCACUUGGUUAAAGGACGGUCGACUGAUCAGGUCCGGUGGUAAAUACCUGGUGGAAGACUCGGGAACACUCGUCAUCAGCUCACUAGACAAAGAUGACACUGCCAGUUACACUUGUACAGCUAUCAACGUGGCAGGGAGGGACUCCAUGGAUCGAGUCCUCAGGGUUCAAGAUCCACCCCAGAUAACUGUGGCCCCUCGUAGUCAGGAAGUCAUACAGAACAGUAGAAUUGUCUUGUCAUGUGCUGCCAUGGGAAUUCCAGUUCCCACAAUAACAUGGACCCUUAAUGGAAAACCUGUCCCAGCUUCUCCGAGUAUAAAUGGGCGGAGUUUCCUGUACAUCUACCACGCCCUCAGACAGGAUGCUGGGAUGUAUACGUGUAUCGCAGAGAACCCAGCGGGGAUCGAUACGGCCUCCGCUCCUGUCCUGAUGAAAGUUCCGCCCCAGGUGUCCGUCAUUGACAGUGAGGCCACGGUCAGUAUAGCGGACCAGGUGAUGUUGACCUGUUCUGUGGGAGGCGACCCUAACCCCGACAUCAGGUGGACAAAGAACGGCCGACCCGUAGAACUCAGUGACAGAAUCGUACAGCUGCUCAAUGGAUCUCUGGUCAUCUAUGACUCAACAAGUUCUGAUGCUGGAGAGUACAAAUGUGUGGCCUCGAAUGAUGCAGGGACAUCAGAGGGUGUGGCCAUGUUAACAGUUCAAGAACCUCCAAGUUUUAAGAUCGAGCCGACCAACAGGAGGAUAAACUUAGGGGACACCAUGGUGCUGGACUGUGUGGCAGAAGGGGAGCCCACUCCUGAUAUCUCCUGGUUACGGGGCUGGAAAGACAUUGAACAAGGAGAGAGAAUCUCUGUCCUACCCAACAACUCACUCAGGAUAUUAGCAGCUCAGCUGUCAGAUGCUGGUCUCUACAGAUGUAAGGCCGCCAACCGACUGGGAAUCACCAUUGUGGAGGCUAACAUGACAAUUGUGGUACAUGGUCGGUUUUCUCAGUGGACAUCCUGGGGGUUGUGUAGCAGUACCUGUGGGGUGGGGCUACAGUUCAGGACCAGGGAGUGUGACAGUCCCUCUCCCCGGAAUGGAGGGAGACAGUGUAUAGGAUCCUCCCUGGACUCCAAAACCUGUGUGUCAGGACACUGCCCAGUUGAUGGGGACUGGGGUAACUGGUUGCCAUGGCAGCCCUGCAGUGUGACGUGUGGAGAAGGGGAGAGAACUCGUGAGAGAGUGUGUAACAAUCCAGCCCCACUACACAGUGGUCUCCGUUGUCAGGGUCUGUCUACAGCCAGGGACAUCUGUAAUGAGGGGCUGUGUCCAGUGGCCGGUGGUUGGAGUGGAUGGGGAUCCUGGGGGGAGUGUAGUGUCUCGUGUGGGGAGGGAGUCCACGAGAGAAGACGACUCUGUGACAACCCACCCCCGAGAUACGGAGGACAACAUUGUCAUGGAGACAGGGUCCAGCUCAAAACCUGCUCUGUACAGCAGUGUGCAGUGGACGGUAUGUGGGGACAGUGGAACCACUGGACUUCCUGCUCUCAGAGCUGUGGGGGAGGAGUAAGAUCAAGGUUACGGAGGUGUGACAGUCCCGCCCCUGUCUAUGGAGGAUCAGCAUGUUCAGGUCGGGCCGCCCAAAGAGACUACUGUAACCCUGAACCCUGCCCAGUUCAUGGUAACUGGGCUGGGUGGGAGAGUUGGGGAGCCUGUUCUGUGAGUUGUGGGGUAGGACUCCAGAAGAGAUUUAGGACAUGUUCUAACCCGGCCCCCAGUAUUAAUGGUCGCCCCUGUAUAGGAUCGGGCGAGGACAGUCAGCAGUGUAACAGACCACAGUGUCCUGUGGAUGGUGAGUGGGGUGGUUGGGGUGCCUGGUCCCCCUGCUCUCAGACCUGUGGGGCGGGGUACAGGGAGCGUCGCCGUGCGUGUCACACACCUCGGUAUGGAGGUCGGUUCUGUGUAGGAGACGACAUACAGAGGGAUCUGUGUUCCCUUACUCCAUGUUCCAACUUGCCAACAAAGGCCUUUGGGACAUUGGUAGGAUACAUCAAUGGAGUUGACCUGACGGAUUCCACCAUUAAUGCUGUAAUGACACCAAGUGAGGAUGGGCAGAAUAUUAAGGUGGAAGCCACCAUCAAAGACUUACCUCCCUUGAUGGGGAGUAAUGUUCAACAUCUGGUGUCCGUACUGAGUCCCAUAUAUUGGGUGACAGCGUCAGAAAGGGGCGGGGCCAAAAACGGAUUCUCCCUGACAGACGGGAAAUUCUCUAAAGAUGUCCAGGUAGAAUAUGCCACAGGAGAGGUUGUAAAGAUGUCGCAGUAUUCUAAUGGUGUAGAUGAGGACGGGGUGUUACAGAUAGAUGUCAUUGUGAGGGGGGAGGUGCCUGACCUGUCACAGGGGUCAGGGGUAGAACUAACUCCCUACUACGAAAACUACAUACAAACUGGACAAGGGAACAUAUUUUCCCGAUCUUUCCGCACACUUAAGGUGGAUGGUCAUCUUUUGCCUUAUACAUGGAAUCAUUCCAUCACCUACGAGACAACAGAAAUAAUGCCGUACCUAGUGGAGACACUCCACACUAAGGACAUAACGACGUCAGUCAACCCGACAGGGGACCAGGUCAAAUUCACGCUGCUUACCAACAUAUCGCCAGGAAGUCCCAGUAACCAGUGCCCUUCAGGAUUUCACCUUGAUAACAGUGGACAGUUCUGUCUGGAUGAUGAUGAAUGUUUCCCUAACAACCCCUGCUCCCAUCAGUGUCACAACUCCCCGGGGAGGUUUGCCUGCUCUUGUCCCCGGGGGUAUGUUCUGGGUCCUGACGGACGGGCCUGUGAGGACGUGGACGAGUGUCGUCGGGACAACGGGGGAUGUAGCAGGGGGCAGGAGUGUCUAAACACGGCAGGGUCGUACCAUUGUGCUGUGAUCUGUAAGGCGGGGUACAGGAGGAAUCAGGACAUGUUCUGUAUAGACAUAGAUGAAUGUUCUGAGGAUCCUUUGAUCUGUGGACAGCAUUGUGAGAAUACAGCAGGAAGUUAUCAGUGUUCAUGUGAUCAGGGGUUCAAGCUCAAGUCCAAUGGCAGGUGUACAGAUGUUAAUGAGUGUACAGAGGGACUGUCUGCUUGUUCCCACAUCUGCAGGAAUCGGAUCGGAAGUUACCGCUGUGCCUGUCCCUCUGGCUUCAGACUCGCCUCAAAUGUCACCUGUCAAGAUAUAGAUGAAUGUAAGGAAGGAAUCCAUAGAUGUACAGAGGAACAGGAAUGUCAGAAUAUUGAGGGGAGUUACCAGUGUACUCAGAAAUGUACUGAGGGGUACCAAGAGGUUAAUGGGCGCUGUGUGGAUAUAGAUGAGUGUACCCUUAAUACUCAUCGUUGUUACUCCAAUCAACAGUGUCUCAAUACCCCAGGAGGAUACAGCUGUCAGUGUGAGAAAGGCUACAGGUCUACAGGCAUAGGACAGCCUUGUCUGGAUAUUGAUGAAUGUGCAGAAAAUCCAAGUAUAUGUGUUUAUCAAUGUCGAAACACCCAGGGCAGUUUUGUUUGUGUUUGCCCCCCAGGGCAGAUCUUACUGGCAGACAAACAGUCAUGUGCUGGGCUAGAGUAUCUGGAACCUGAUCCCGUCCAGAAUCUGCCAAAAAGUAGCCAUGGCUACCAGAAUUCAAAACCUUUAGGACAAAACCGUAGGCCUCAGAAUGGCUGUGCUCAUUCCAGAAAAUGUUUCAGACGAAGUAGAAGAUCACAAUGUCUGUCAGGGUUCAGAUUUAAUUCAACUUCUAAAACCUGUGUAGAUAUCAAUGAAUGCAGUGAGGAUCCAGGGAUUUGUCAACACAGCUGUAAUAACACAAUUGGAGGGUACCAGUGUGUCUGUCCCCCAGGCUAUAAGUUAGGAAGAAAUGGCAGGAAUUGUGUGGAUAUUAAUGAAUGCAUCACAUCCAGUAUUGACUGUGGACCAGAGAGGAUGUGCUUCAACAAGAGAGGUGAUGUCAGCUGUAUAGAUAUUCCCUGUCCUGAUAACUACACACGGGAUCCACUUACAAAAUACUGCGUGUUGGAGUGCGUGGAUUCUUCUCUAUGUCCAGAGGGCGCUAAGUAUGCUGAUGUCAUUGAGUUCCGAACUCUGGCUCUCCCUAGUGGAAUUUUACCUCAGCAGGAUUUAAUUAGACUCACUGUGUUGAAUCAGAAUAAUGUUAAAAUGACUAAGAAUGACUUCAUCAUACUGGAGAAUGACCCUAAAGUGAAUUUCCAGUUGAGGCUCCACGAGGGGUCAGGGAUUCUGUUCACAGAGCAACCCCUAGAAGAGCUAGAGACGUAUAAAAUCAAAGUGAGAGCCAAAUCUUAUAAUGCUGUAACAGGGGUCUUACAGUAUCAAACUACAUUUAUGAUUCAUAUAUCAAUUUCAGCAUACCCAUAUUGAUUAUAGACUGUGUACCUGUUUGAUUUUAUAUUAAUUUUUUAUAGUUGAUGAUUUCAUUUUGAUAAUGAAUGAUAAUUUUUUGUAUUUUUUUUUUGGUGGGGGGGGGGUCAUUAAGUGUAAAUGGCAUUUGUCUUUUCUACUUUAUGUGUGUGUGUGCAAUAAAUAUAGUAAUAAUUGAUGUGUACCACUAUUUUUUUUUCUUUGUGCCAUUCUUUGUACAUCUCCUGACAUAUAUGUAAAUAGCUUGAAAACCAAUGAAACAGGUACUAACUUAUACUAGGACAAAUAAUCAUGUUACUGAUUUAUAUAUACAGAUCAAUUGUUAUAUUUUAAUGAUCUGUCUUGACACUUGUGUAUGACGAUUUCUCAAUUAAUUGUUUUAAACCUCAUUCUAGUAUGUUGAACAUGUUCAGAAAAUAUACUGUAAACAAAAGAGUGUUAAUUGACUGUUUGUUUACCCUUCAGAAAACUGAGAGAGCUCAUUUUUUUUUUAAAUUUAAUAAUGAACUUGAUUUCAAUUUUAUUUUUAAAAGUUUUCUUUUUGCCAUGUAAAUAGACUUUUAAAAUGUUUCAAAUCAGACUUCAUUUUCCAUUGAAUUAUUAUAUACCUAAUGUGUAUCACUCAAUUUUACUGUUGAUUUUACGCAAUUACGUGACGUUUUGAUCCGACUUUCCGGAUCAUCAACUCGACGUGAUACGACCCUUCGGAUCAAGUAACUGUUUUAAUAAUAUAUAUUUAUCAUCCAAACUAACAGUAAGAGUGAGUUUUAAGAGCUGAUAAUGAAUGAACUGUUACCUGUGCUCUGUUUUAUGGAUAUCAAUUCCAUUGUGAUCAUUUUAAGUUGCUGAGUACUUUGAAGGCAUGUUGACUCAAAGGAAUUUAAAAUACAAAGUAGAGAUGAUCAGUUUGUGGAAGUGUCAGUAAUUUGUAAUAAAUUCUCUCCCACAUUA